AUGGAUAAGCUUAGUGGGACCAAUGGCACUGUGGUGAACAGCUCUGUAGACAUGUGGUCAUUCAGUGAACACGAUUCCUUCCAGCACCUGGAUCCGACUGAGCUCAGGGUCCUGGUGCCAGCUAUUCUGGGAGUCAUUUGUGUUCUGGGCGCGGCUUGCAAUCUCACUGCAAUGGUCAUCCUGUUCUCUAAUGCGCACAAAGGCAAACUGUCUCUCAUCAACUCCCUCAUUUUCAACCUGAUGUUUGCGGAUGGGCUGGUGCUGAUGUUUACAGUGCCUUUCAGGGCUGCCUCAUACUCCAAGACAAGCUGGAAUCUAGGCUGGGUGGUGUGCAAGACAGCCGACUGGUUUCUCCAAUCCUGCAUGGUUGUGAAGAGCUUCACUGUGGCUAUCAUGGCCAAAGCCUGCUACCGCUACGUGUCAAAUCCAAACAAGCAGGUGAGCAUACACCUGGGCUCCAUCCUGGUGGUGCUCUUCUUCAUAUGGCUGUCUGGCUGCACUGUCACCAUCCCUCACUGGCUGUUUGCUCGGCUGCAGAGAGAGAUCCGUGGGCUGGUGUGCGUAAUGACGGUUCCUCCUGAAGCCCAGGAUUUCAUGUCUGUGUAUGUGAAAGCGUAUCCUCUGGGGGUCUACUGUGCACCUCUGAGCAUUGCCCUGAUGUAUUUCUGGAAGGCUUAUGGCCAGUGCCAGCGCCGUUCCAGUAAGAGUCAGAAUCUGCGUACACAGAUCAGAUCCAGGAAGCUCACUUUAAUGCUUUUCAGCCUCACUAUGGCCAUGGCUGUCCUCUGGAUUCCUCACUGGGUUGUGUGGCUUUGGGAGCGCCAGAUUGCAGAAAAGGAAACUGAAGGAGCUCAGCCCCUUAUCUCCUCUCCUCCCCUUCUCCUUAUCCUUUCUGCUCAGCUGCUCACCUUCUCUCUGUCUUUGGUAAACCCUCUCAUUGUCCUUUCUCUCUCUGAGGAGUUCAGAGAGGGUUACAGGGGGCUUUGGAGGCGCCUCACCCUGCGCAAGCAACCGCCACCUAAGCCUGGACCCCACAACCCCACCACUCUCCAGUCCCCUUGUCCUAGACCAGAGACCUCAGGUCAGCUGCGGGGGGAGAGAAGCCUUCAAUCAGGCUGCAGCAAGGAAGCCACCAGGGAGGCUCAGCCUCAGCCGGAGCAAGUCGGACCAGAAGGAGGAGGGAGGGAAGCGGACACCGUGAGUCUUAAAGAUGGGAGCGUCUUGCCUGAUGUGGAGCAGUUCUGGCAUGAGAGGGAAGGUGGAUCACUCACACAGGAAAGCGACCCUGUUCCGUGGGAGAACCAGAACAUAGAGGAAAAAAAAUAGCUACCACCUUUUCAGCCGAUCAUCACCCGACCGAAGCUGAGAGGACUGCAGAGUGCUGAACUGUAAAUAACUGUAAUUCGUCAGGUGUGUUUAUAAUAUUAUUCAAAGGUAAGAAGUGCAAUCAGUGUGAAUGUGGACUACAUCUAUAUCUGUGUAAAUGACCGAAUUCACAAUAAUGUGUUAGCA